AUGGUAAUAAGACAUGCAGAACAUGGAGAUCUACGAAAUUAUAUUCGUAAAUUUUUUCCAAAAUUAACUUGGACUUAUAGAGCAAAGAUUCUUAUUGAACUAUCAAAAGCUUUAAAUUCAAUUCACCAAAUGAAUCUAGUUCAUAAGGAUUUUCAUUGUAAAAAUAUUUUAGUAGACGAAAAUGAUAGAAUUUUUAUAAGUGAUUUUGGACUUUGUCAAUCAAUUGACUCUGAAAUAGAAACUUCGGAUAGCAUUCAAGGAGUUUUACCUUAUAUCGCUCCUGAAGUUCUGAGACGUAAACCAUAUACAAAACAAUCAGAAGUGUAUAGUUUAAGUAUGAUAAUGUGGGAAUUAAUUUCAGACGAACCACCAUUUUCAAAUAGACAACAUGACGCAGGUUUUGCGCUUGCAGUUCUUGAUGGACUGAGACCCGAAGAUAUUAAAGGAACGCCCGAUUUUUAUUCUAAUCUUAUGAAACAAUGUUGGAAUUUUGAACCAUUAAAAAGACCUGAUGCUUCUCAUUUACCGAAAUUAUUUGAGGAAAUGAUGGAACUAUGUAAAAUGAUUGAUGAUGAUACGAUUUCGUCAAAAAUUGCUUUUGGUUUGUCUGAAUCAACAUCAACUCAACCUAAUUAUGUAACAGAUUCAAAUGAAAAUAGUAUCCAACCAGGUAUAUAUAGAUAUUUAAAUGUGUGUAAUUAA